AUGAGAAGUGAUUCUACAACCUCGUUGAGGACGAGUAUUCACAACUUUGUCCUUGAAAAUGGUCGCACAUACCACUCAUACCGUCCUGGCAAGUACAUGCUGCCCAACGAUGACGCCGAGCAGGAUCGCCUCGAUCUGCAGCACCACUCCUUCAAGGUUUAUCUAGACGGCAGAUUAUACACAGCACCGCUGGUCUACCCGCGGCGAGUCCUCGACAUAGGCACAGGCACGGGCAUCUGGGCUAUAGAGUUUGCCCAGCAGCACCCGGACGCCAGCGUGAUCGGGACAGACCUGUCGCCCAUCCAGCCAGAUCUGGUCCCGCGCAACCUGAGGUUCGAGAUCGGCGAUGCAGAGGAGGCCGACUGGGGCUUCGACCUGCCCUUCGACUACAUCCACGCUCGCGCCAUGGUGACGUGCUUCAAGGAGCCCAAGUCCGUCCUCCAGCGCAUCUUUGACAAUCUCGCCCCGGGGGGCUACUUUGAGCUGCAGGAUCCGUGUCUGCCAAUGCAGUGCGACGACGGGUCCUGGGACGGCACUGCCCUGGCCGAGUGGAACAGGCUGCUGUAUGACGGCAUGCUGAGAACCGGAAAGGACCUGAGGGACAACCUUAAUUGGGCGAACUACAUGCGCAAGAUCGGGUUCGAGGCUGUGGUCGAGAGGAGGGGGGCUGUGGCGUUCAAUCCGUGGCCCAAGGGCAAGAAGAACAAGCUUCUGGCCGCCAUGACCGGGCAGAAUCUCCUAGAAGGCGUCAAGAGUAUGUCUCUGGCCAUCUUUACGAGGGUCCUGGGAAUGGACGCCGAUACGGUCUCGGACUUUCUAGAAGAUGUGAGGAAGGACCUUGUGGACCCCAAGAUCCACGCCUAUUCGCUGGUAUACUUUGCAUAUGGAAGGAAGCCUCUGCACGAUGUGUCUUAG